AGGGAGGGGGCAACGGGGGGGGAAAGGUUGUUUGGGUUGGAGAGGAGGGUUAGGGAGAUGGAGGUUAGGAGGGAGAGGGAGAGGGAGAGGGAGGAGGAGGAGAGGAGGAGGGAGGAGGGGAGCAGAAAGGAGCUGGAGGCUGAGGUAGUUGAGCGGGAAAAGCAGGCUGUUGAGCGGGAGUGGGAAGAAGAAGUAAAGGGGGAGGAGGAAGAUGAGGGUUGCAUCUCUGAGUCGGACUAUGAUGAUGAUGGUUUUGAACAGAUGGUGAUAUCGACCGAGAGGGCUACCCAGAGGAGGGUCAUGGCUACCGCAUACGCCGGCACAAGCGUUAAUAACACCACGACACCACAGCGACCACCGGUGUUCAAGCAGCAAUCGAUUCAACAUCCACAAGUCCUGUUGCCUCCUCCCUCUCGCCAGAUAUUAACUCCUAGAACACCUCAGCCUCGGCCGCCUAUCAAACCCCAGGAAAACACCACACCGAAACCGCUUCCCUGGCUUGCCAGCGAUCCGACUCAACCCCUAAAGCUCACACCCCUCAGCCAAAUCCCAUAUUUACCCUACAAACAAAACUGGAUGGUCAACGUUCUCGUUGUUGUCAUCCAACUCGGAGAAACAGAAUCGUGUCCGUAUCCUCCCUUUGUUCAAAGGCAGGCUAGGGUCAUUGAUCAGAGUACACCACAUAGUCACAUCCACUUGACAGUAUUCUUGGAGCCAGCCGAGUUUGAGCCGAAGCUAGGCGAGGUCUACCUUUUGCUGGGUGUCAAGAAUCACAAGUUUGAUGGGGGUAGCUUGAAGAAGUAUGCGAGUGACAAGCCCAAGGGGGGUGGGAGGUGGUGGGUGGAGGGACGAGGGUUGGGGUGGUGUAAGGGGAUGGUGAAGGAGUUGGAGAUCUGGUGGGCUCAGCAACAGGGGGGUGUUGUUGGGGAGGAGGGUUGA